GCCGCACCUCGAUCGUCUUUUACAUUGCUCGCUGGUGUGGUGGCGUAGCAUUUUGACUGCGAAGGAAUUUUGACUUUAUCUCCGAAAUAACCGGGUUUCCUCAGAAUGUCUUGGGAUAGUUAUCUUGACAACCUAAUAGCACAGACUAAAGACGCCAGUGGUACUGCUCAUGCAGAUAAAGCCUGCAUCAUUGGCGUUGAUGGGGGAGCUAAAUGGACCUCAGAUGGUCAUGCUAAUGCCUUCAAGUUAGAUACAAGUGAAUGUGCCAAAAUAGCAGGCUGUUUCAAGAGCAAGGAUUUUUCACCAUUUAUGACAAGUGGUAUUUUUGCAGAGGGAACGAAGUACCAAUUCUUGCGUGUGGAAGACGAAAAGUUAGUUCUGGGAAAGAAAAAAGAGCAGGGAGCUAUCUCCUUGCAGUGUUCCAAGACAGCAGUUGUCAUUGGCCAUUGUCCAGAAGGAGGGCAGCAGGGCAACCUAAACAAAGGUGUUGCAGUAAUUGCAGAGUACCUUGAAAGCUUAGGCAUGUAAUGCAACUUUAAUUUCUAACUAGCACUGUGCAGUAUGUGGUUAAAAUCUGUUCUUUGAUUCUCAACCACAUUACCUAAUUAUUAUUUUUGUUGUUGUUUUCAUUGAGGCCUUGCUGUAGAGAAACUGGAGUUUUAUGAAAAAAUGAACUGUUUUGUAGUGUUGUGAUGAUGAUGAUGAUGAUUGCAAUUAAAAGGCCAUCCUUUCAACAGGUUUCAAAUUGACAAAAUAUUUCACUGUAAUUGUCUUGAGAAACUAGCAAAUAAACUAGCUUAGUUAAUUUAUGUGGUUGUUUUAAGAAGUGUACCUGAUGUAUUUUGGAAAGGGAUACACAGCCUAAGUACUUGUCUCAGGAACUUGCUCUUCAAUUCUAAUAAAUCGAAUUCUUUGUGCUUUUUA